AUGGUUAUUCUGAAGAUGCGCUUACAACUUAAAAUCGACGGAAUAAAGCAGUUUAAGGGGUCAGGUGACUACCUGUUGUCCAUACUUUGUCGUAUCAGGCAUUUCGUUAUAUCCCAACCCUUCGUUGUUGGUGCCUUCUCCGGUUCCGGUAGGCCUGAACCUCUAGACAGCCUUCUGGAGGACUGUGAUUCAGAGGUGACAGAACUGCUUGCGGAUGGCUUGUCCACUAAGCUUUCGCAUGGCUGA